AUGGCGGGCAGAGAUGCUAUCAUCUACAUUAACACAACGGACCUUGAUCCUCCCUCUCCUAACGCCGAGAAAAACGUGGCGUCAGCGGGCUCGCGCCGCACGCCUGGGUCUCCCGACACUGUCUGCUCGCCGCUAAUACACCCUACCCGACGCCCACUGUCAAUUAGCGAAGAUGAAGAUGAUCGACUUACGCCUGCAGGAAAAGCACUUUACAAAAUCCUUGAAAACCCGACAUUUCGAUACUGUAUCUACAUCCUACCCGUCGGCGCCAUUCUCGCCAUUCCCCUUAUCUUAUUCGCAACAAAGUACCGCCAUGUUACAGCCGAAGGGAUGUCCUUGGCGGGCUUGUUUGCCUACAUCGAGCUCUUGUGGGUUUCGCUAUGGGUUGCCAAGCUCAUAGCUGCUGCUCUUCCUGCUCUAUUCCAAGGCAUAUGUGGCAUUAUCAGCACAGGUAUCCGUAAAUAUGCUUUGGUCCUUCGCGCAGUCGAGAUUCCCAUGUCGAUUUUCAUCUGGACUCUACUGGCCCUAUGUUGGUUCCCGAUCGUUCACGACUUCGACGAUGACUUAUAUCACCGCGAGCAUCAAAACAUCGAAUGGAUGACGGUCUUGAACAAAGUCAUCAGGGCUUCGAUAGGAAGCUCAGCCAUCGUCCUAGGGGAGAAGAUUCUUAUGCAAUUGAUCAGUGCCAACUACCACAGCCAGCAGUUCAGAGACAAGAUCAAAGAUAUCAAAGCUACCGUGAGAGCUAUCGACCUGUUAUACGAAUCUUCCUUGCGAAAAAUCCCAGACCGUUCGGAAGAAACACUAGAUGAAGACUAUGACAUCCACGACACAACCAAUGUGCAGCACCUGUUGAAGGAAAAUGCCGCAGAUCGGUCAACUCGCCGAAUAUUUGGAGGCCUUCAUUUCUUCGGGCAAAAGCUGGUCUCAGCAUUAGGAUACAUGGCCAGUGAUCUCACUGGUAGUCAUAUAUUGAGACCAACUGAAACACGUGCUAUCGUCGAUGCCGCGUUGGAAAGAAAGGCCGGUGCCGAAGCGCUCGCCAGGCGCAUCUUCAAGUGUCUCGUCGCCGAAGGCCGAAAAGCCAUCUGCCCCAAUGUACUUGCGGAGGUCUUUGGCUUUGGGUCGGAGAAAGAGGCGGCUUGGAUCUUUGCACAGCUCGAUCGUGACGGCAAUGGCAGUGUCUCCAUUGACGAAAUGGUGAUGCUUGUCACUGGUAUAUCACGACAACGCAAAGAUAUUUGGAAAUCCGCGUGCAACAUUCGCGACGCCAUACGGACACUCGACCGGGUUCUCUCGGUCAUCGUCCUGGCCAUUGUCAUCAUGGUCUAUACUUCCUUCUUCAGCAAUUUUGUUGUCGAGAACCUCAAGACGAUCAUCACAUUACUGUCGGCAUCUGCGUUCUCCUUUGGCCAGACCGUUGGCGAGUUUAACGCUGCUUGCAUCCAGGUGUUCGUCAAACACCCAUUCGACGUCGGGGACAGGAUCAUCAUGAAGGACCAGGAGUUCGAAGUCGUCCGCAUCUCCCUCCUGUACACGGUCUUUCGUCGAAUCGACACUGACGGGAUCGUCCAAGUGGCCAACUCGAUUGUCGGCACAUUAUUCAUCGACAACAUCUCUCGGUCGCGAGCCAUGAAGGAGCGUUAUCAAUUCUCGGUCGAUGCUACAACAGAAUUCACCACCCUAGAGCUUCUCAGGGCGGAGCUGGAAGAGUUCGUGCGAGCACCGGAGAACAGUCGUGACUACCAAACCGACGUGGACAUCCAGCUCCUGUCGGUGGGCGACCUCAAGCAACUCGACCUCCGAGUCGAAAUUAGACACAAGUCCAACUGGGCCGAUGACCAACUCCGAAUAUAUAGACGCUCGAAGUUCAUGUGUGCGCUUCUCUCGGCCAUGAGAAAGGUUCCGAUCUAUGGACCAGAUGGCGGGGGACCUGAUCAGGGAACAAUCGACGCACCCAACUACACCGUAUCGAUUGAUCAUGAGGCUGCAGACGCCGCACGCGCGGCAUUCCACCUCAAGCAGGAAGCGAAGAAACACCACCGAGAAACUUCCAUUCCCGAUCUCCGAAAGACGACCUCCACCGGCCUCGAGAUCCUGCCUAGUUUGAUGAGAGGCUACCAGUAUGAGGAGGAAGGUGCCAUCAGCGGUACGGCUGCGUACUUGCGACACGGUACUCGGCACUACCGCGAUAAUUCCAGUUCGAGGCUGAGUAUGCGCCCUGGCUCGAGGCCAGUGUCAUUCCUUUCCCGUUGA